AACAUUAUUCUGCCAGUUUAACAUUUAUCAAAUUUUAUUUAAUAUUCUCACAUAACUUGUUAUAUUUAAGUUUUUUUUUUUGAGACAGAGUCUCGUUUGUCUUUCAAGCUGGAGCGCAAUGGCAAAAUCAUAACUCAUCAGGCUCAAGCAGUCCUCCCACCUCAGCCUCCAGAUAGCUGGGACUACAAACAUGUGUCACCACACCCAGCUAAUUUUUAAAAUUUUUUGUAUGGACAGUGUCUUGCUCUGCUGCCCAGGCUGAGACCAGACACUGUUGAUCACUUUAAGGGCCGAGUGGGGUGGCUCACAUCUGUAAUCUCAAUACUUUGGGAGGCCGAGGCAGGCUGAUCACCUGCUAUCAGGAGUUCGAGACCUGCCUGGCCAACAUGGCAAACCCCUGUCUCUAUUAAAAAUACAAAAAUUAGCCAGGUGUGCUGGCUCACGCCUGUAAUCCCAGCACUUUGGGAGGCCAAGGGAGGUGGAUCAACUGAGGUUGGUAGUUCAAGACCAGGUUGACCAACAUGGAGAACCCCUGUCUCUACUAAAAAUACAAAAUGAGACAGGUGUGGUGGCGCAUGCCUGUAAUCGCAGCUAUUCGGGAGACUGAGGCAGUAGAAUUGCUUGAACCCGGGAGGUGAAGGUUGCAGUGAGCUGAGAUUGAGCCAUUGCAUUCCAGCCUGGGCAACAAGAGUGAAACCUGGACAAAAAAAAAAAAAAAAAAAAAUUAGCUGAGCGUGGUAACAGGCACCUGUCACCCCAGCUACUGGGGAGGCUGAGACAGGAGAAGAAUUGCUUGAACCCCAGAGGUGGAGGUUGCAGUGAACCGAGGUAGCACCAUUGCACUCCAGCCUGGACAACAAGAGGAAGACUUCCUCAAAAAAGAAAAAAAAAGAAGAAAGAAAGAGAGAGAGAGAAAGAGAGAAAAGAAAGAAAGGAGAGAAAGAAAGAGAAAGAAAGAAGAAGGAAAGAAAGAAGCUUUACGAAUAUUAACUCACUUAGUUCUCAGAGCACCCGCAGGAGGUAGGUCCUGCUGUCCUGCUGGUUUUGUAGAUGAGCUAACUGAGGCACAGAGAGGAUAAGUCACAUGGCCAAGCUCUUGGUCACACCUCAGCCUCCAUUUCAGAGAGGAGAAAACAAGGCUCCAAAAGGGGAAGUCAUCGGCCUGAGGUCAUCAGCGGGGAAGUGGAGGAGCCAGGAUGGGGCCCGAGGUCCAUCUGAGGCCAGAGCCAGUGCUGACCCGCCAGACAGGAAAUCAGAGCUGACAACUGACCGUGGGGCACAUUCGAAUGGGUGGUGGGUGGCGAUGGGGGCUGGGGUGAAAGCCAGGAUGAGGUGUCACAUCGGGUAGGGCUCCUGCUGGACCUGGCGGGCCAGAGACCCCUGGCUGGUGCCUGGAGUGCCUCUCCCUCCUCAUUUCUGCUGUGCUGUCCCCUGGGUGGCCAAGGCGCCAGGCCCGGCUGUAGAUCUGACACCUCCUGCUGCCGAGCUCUGAUCAGAAUCUGACUGCAGGGCAGGGGGCGAAACUGAAUCCUGCUGGGCCUCCCCUGGCCUGGAUGUCACGGCAGACACCCCAGCCCCACUCCUUGGCACUGCCCGUCCCCUAGCAGUGGCCUUGGUGGAACCUGGAGAGCCUGUGCCCACCCCAGGGUGCCAACUAGGCUGCUGCCUUGGCCCUGGGCUCUGGACUCCAGGAUCCCCAGGGAUCCCAUGCCCAGGCUCCUGCCCCUCCCGGCUCUCAGGUGAGCUGCUGGGAUCGGGUUCCUGUGGUUUCAUGUCCCGCAUUGUUCUUGGCCAGGCCCUGGCUUAUGAAACAGUAAUGAGGGGCCCCUGCUCCCAAAGCCGGUCCCUCUAAGGUUUCCACUGCCUCGGCUGCUGCUGCCACCACGGCUUGGAGUUGGGGCCUGGGAGGGCGGCAGCGUGGGGGCCUGAGCCGGAGCCCCCCGGGGACGAGGGUGCUGACAGCCGACAGCCGCCACCACCGCCAGAGCCCGCAGCCCAGGUAAUCCGAGAGGAGGCGGGGCGCAGGGUGACAUGGCCACUGUCUCCCACCACCAGGGGAGGGAUCUGCGGCUCUCCCGAGGUGGGGAGGAAUGGGGGGGGACCCUGGAGGUGAGCAGCCAUUCCCCCUUGGUGAGCCCAGCACCAGACCAGCCUUCACAGGUGUGGCUUCCCAAGGGCGGAGGGAGAGAGGAGUGGGCAGCUGGCUCCAGGCCCCCGCCCUUUUCCUGGGCCUUGACUCUCCAGCCCUGGAGCCCCUGCUUCUCCGUUCGUGGGGCAGAUCUCUUCUUUACUCCAAGGCCUUGUUUUCCCAUCUCCUCCACCAUCAGACUGCCUCUUCCUCCCUCAGACCUCUCCCUUCUCUCAGCCCGCUUAAUCCUUCCUCCUCACCUUUGUCUUUUGGCCGGAAAAGAACCUGAUGGAUCCUUCUAUCCACCUCGUUCUGGGGUGUACACACACACACGCAUGUAUACACAACUUAAACUUAUGCAAACAUACAGAUCAGUGUACCCGUACCCGCGGGACCUGCAGAGAUGUGCAUGCACGAGAGCUCUCGACGCCCACGUGCACACAUGUGCCCCCAAUACCAGGCCUUUAUCCACACACAUACUUGCUCCAAGGCCCAUCAUAUGUAUACACACACGUGUACAUGCACACACCAGGCGCCUCGGCCAGCCCUCAGCUUGAGUCCCAAGGGGCGCUUCCAGCCUGAUGGGCAGCUCCUUGGGAAGUGUGAGAUCCCUGGAGGAGACGCCUGGAGACUCCCACACUGCCCAGUGCCGGGAGGGACUGUGCAGGGGGAGGGGAGCCCCCACGUGGGCUCUGAGCUGCCUCCUGUCUCCAACCCUGGUCCAGGAGCUCAGGAACCCUUCGGGUGCUGAGGUGCCCUACUGCGACCUGCCUCGAUGCCCACCAGUCCCUGAGGACCCACUUAGCUCCUCAACCUCCGACUGCCAGCCUGUGGUGGACCCGGGCCUCAGGCCAGGCCCCAAGAGGGCCCCAUCCCCCUCAGCAGGGCUCCCAGAAGAGGGCCCCACAGCCACCCCCAGGAGCAGGAGCCAGGAGCUUAAGGCGGUGCCCUAUCUGGAGGGCCUGACCUCUUCCCUGCGAGGCAGCGGCAACGAGGACCCCGGCUCUGACCCCAGCUCCAGCCCUGACUCCGCCACCCCUGAUGAAACCAGCAACUCGUCCUUUGUGGACUGGGACACUGCUGAGAGGCAGGAGGAGGCCCUCAGCUGGGACAAGCUCAAAGUGAUGAGCCGGAGGCAGCCUCAGGAGGGGCCGAGAGCCUACAGCUCCCAGCAGGUUCCAUCUCUCCUCACCAGAUCCCCCGUGAGAGGAGACGCUGCAGGCCAGAAAAAGGAGGACACCGGCGGUGGGGGCCGGAGCGCAGGACAGCACUGGGCAAAGCUCCGGGGAGAAAGCGGGUACUUCUCCUUGGAGCGGCACUGGUCACCACUGACCCAGGCUUCCUCCAUGACACCACACAGUGGACCUCGAAGCGCCACCUCCCAGACUUCCCCUGGCCAAAGGGACAUUGCCCAGGCUGCCUGCACACAGCGUGACACUGCCCGAGCGUCCUCUCCCCACCAAAUCACCCAAAGGGAUGCCCCCGGGGCCUCAUCCACACAGCAGGAUACCUCCAGGACCUCAUCCACACAGCGGAACACUCUCAGAGCUUCCGCUCCCUCACGAAGCACCCAACAGGAUAACCCCAGAACCUCAUCCAACCAACAAAAUAAUCCUCAACUUUCUUCUCCCCUAAGAGCCACCCAACAAGAUAACCCCAAAACCUCUUUUACCCAGGAGGACAACCUGCAAACUUCUUUUCCUGCUUGUAAUCCCCAGCAGGAAAACCCCAGAACACCCUGUGCCCAACGAGACUAUCCCAGACCUUCCUCUCCCAACAGAACUACCCAACGAGAGAAUCGCAGAAUGACCUGUGUCCAGUGGGACGAUCACAGAGCCUCCUCUCCCAACAGAGCCAACCCCAGAACACCCUGUGCCCAGCGGGACAAUCCCAGAGUCUCCUCUCCCAACAGAGCCAACCCCAGAACACCCUGUGCCCAAUGGGACAAUCCCAGAGCCUCCUCUCCCAACAGAGCCACCCAACGGGACAAUCCCAGAGCCUCCUCUCCCAACAGAGCCAACCCCAGAACACCCUGUGCCCAGCGGGACAAUCCCAGAGCCUCCUCUCCCAACAGAGCCACCCAACGGGACAAUCCCAGAGCCUCCUCUCCCAACAGAGCCACCCAACGGGACAAUCCCAGAGCCUCCUCUCCCAACAGAGCCACCCAACGGGACAAUCCCAGAGCCUCCUCUCCCAACAGAGCCACCCAACGGGACAAUCCCAGAGCCUCCUCUCCCAACAGAGCCACCCAACGGGACAAUCCCAGAACCUCUUCUCCCAACAGAGCCACCCAACGGGACAAUCCCAGAACCUCUUCUCCCAACAGAGCCACCCAACGGGACAACCCCAGAACCUCCUCUCCCAACAGAGCCACCCAACGGGACAAUCCCAGAACCUCUUCUCCCAACAGAGCCACCCGACGGGACAACCCCAGAACCUCCUCUCCCAACAGAGCCACCCAACGGGACAACCCCAGAACCUCCUCUCCCAACAGAGCCACCCAACGGGACAACCCCAGAACAUCCUGUGCCCAACGGGACAAUCCCAGAACCUCUUCUCCCAACAGAGUCAACCCCAGAACAUCCUGUGCCCAGCGGGACAAUCCCAGAGCCUCCUCUCCCAACAGAGCCACCCAACGGGACAAUCCCAGAGCCUCCUCUCCCAACAGAGCCACCCAACGGGACAAUCCCAGAGCCUCUUCUCCCAACAGAGCCACCCAACGGGACAAUCCCAGAACCUCUUCUCCCAACAGAACCACCCAACGGGACAACCCCAGAACACCCUGUGCCCAGCGGGACAAUCCCAGAGCCUCCUCUCCCAACAGAGCCACCCAACGGGACAAUCCCAGAGCCUCCUCUCCCAACAGAGCCACCCAACGGGACAAUCCCAGAACUUGUAUUCAACAGAACACCCCCAGAUCAUCUUCUACCCAACAAGACAAUCCUAAAACUUCUUGUACCAAAUGCGAUAACCUCAGACCCAUUUGUACACAACGGGACCACACACACUCCCUUUCCUUUCAACGAGACAACCCUGGAACCUCCUCUCAGUACUGCACCCAAAAGGAGAAUCUGAGACCAUCAUCUCCCCACCGCUCCACUCAAAGAAACAAUCCCGGGAAUUCGUCUCCCCAUCGGACUAACAAAGACAUCCCCUGGGCCUCCUUUCCUCUCCGGCCAACUCAGAGUGAUGGUCCCCGAACCUCUUCCCCAUCUCGCUCCAAGCAAAGCGAGGUUCCCUGGGCGUCCAUUGCCCUCCGGCCAACCCAAGGUGACAGGCCUCAGACUUCAUCUCCCAGUCGGCCAGCCCAGCUUGACCCACCCCAGUCCUCCUCUGGCCCCACCCAGUACAACUUGCCCUCACGGGCCACCUCUUCCUCCCAUAACCCAGGCCACCAGAGCACCUCCUGGACUUCCUCGCCUCUGUACCCCGCUACCUGUGGGGCUCCCCUGACCGCUUCUGAACCCUCCCAGCCUCCAUGUGCUGUGUGCAUUGGGCACCGGGAUGCCCCCCGAGCCUCUUCACCCCCUCGCUUUCUGCAGCAUGACCCCUUCCCCUUCUUCCCAGAGCCCAGCAUCCCUGAGAGUGAAUCGCCCCACCAUGAGCCUCCCUAUAUACCACCUGCCGUGUGCAUUGGACACCGAGAUGCACCCCGAGCGUCCUCGCCCCCUCGCCACACCCAAUUCGACCCCUUCCCCUUCCUUCCAGACAUGUCAGAUGCUGAGCAUCAGUGUCAGUCCCCCCAGCACGAGCCCCUUCAGCUCCCCCAACCUGUGUGUAUUGGGUACCGAGAUGCACCCCGGGCCUCCUCCCCACCACGCCAGGCCCCAGAGCCUUCCAUCUUAUUCCAGGACCUCCCCAGGGCCAGCACGGAGAGCCUUGUCCCUUCCAUGGACUCUCUGCACGAGGCCCCCCACAUCCCCACCCCUGUGUGCAUCGGGCACCGGGAUGCACCCUCCUUCUCAUCCCCCCCACGCCAGGCUCCUGAGCCAUCCCUCUUCUUCCAGGACCCCCCUGGAACUAGCAUGGAGAGCCUGGCCCCCUCCACUGACUCUCUGCAUGGCUCCCCAGUGCUGAUCCCACAAGUGUGCAUCGGGCACCGAGAUGCACCCCGAGCCUCCUCCCCACCCCGCCACCCACCCAGUGACCUAGCGUUCCUGGCACCCUCACCUUCCCCAGGCAGUUCCGGGGGCUCCCGGGGCUCAGUGCCUCCUGGGGAGACCAGGCACAACUUGGAGCGGGAGGAGUACACUGUGCUGGCUGACUUGCCCCCACGCAGGAGGCUGGCACAGAGACAGCCAGGGCCCCAGGCACAGAGCAGCAGCGGGGGCCGCACCCGCAGCCCUGGCCGUGCAGAGGUGGAGCGCCUCUUCGGGCAGGAGCGCAGGAAGUCCGAGGCAGCGGGGGCCUUCCAGACCCGGGACGAGGGACGGUCACAGCGGCCCAGCCAAGGCCAGAGCCAACUUCUCCGAAGACAGUCCAGCCCUGCCCCCAGCAGGCAGGUGACCAAGCCCCCUGCCAAACAAGCAGAACCGGCCGAGCGGAGCCGAGCAGAGCCUCCUCAUCCUCGGAGCCAUGAGAAGAGACCGGAGGGAGAUCGGAGGUUCCAGGGGUCCCCGCCGCCCCCCAGGACAUCAGCCAGGACCUCUGAGAAGGAGCUGCUGACACAAAGACCUCUGGAGAGUGGCCGAGCAGACCCAAGACAGCCUCUGGGGGCGUGGCAGAGUCAGGAGGAGCCGCCAGCGUCCCAGGGACCUCACAGACACCUGGAGAGGAGCUGGAGCAGCCAGGAGGGAGGCCUGGGCCCUGGGGGCUGGUGGGGAUGUGGGGAGCCCAACCUGGGGGUGGCCAGAGCCUCAGAGGGAACAUGGGGGGGCCCUCCCAGAGAGUACCGGGAGAGCUGGGGGCAGCCAGAGACCCGGGAGGAGAAACCCACCCAUGAGGUCCCCAGAGAACUAGGGAAAAGCUCACCCAUGAGCACCCCAGAGAACUGGGGAGGCCCUGCAGAGACCUCACAAUCUUGGCAGCCUGGGACACCCACUGCUGUGGGCCAGGGGGCAGAGGGAGCUUGUCCAUACCCACCUGGCCCUGAGAGGCAACCCGAGCUUGACUGGAGGGACCUGCUGGGCCUUAUUCGGGCACCAGGAGAUGGGGUUUGGGCCCGUCUCCCCAGGCUGGACUGGGAGGGCCUCUUGGAGCUCCUGCAGGCCAGGCUGCCCCACAAGGACCCAGCUGGACACAGGGGUGACCCGGCCAGGGCUUCAGGGCCAGAGCCGGGUCCCCCAGGCUCAAAGGAUGCCCCAGAGCAGGACUCACACAGCCAGCUGGAAGGCCAGGCUGAGGCCACCCCAGUCAAUGGAUACAGCGCUGCACCACGGCCCCAGAGCCCUACCCAGCCUCCCAGCCCUGCCUGCACCUCCACCCAGUGGCCAAAGACCAAAGUGACAAGAGGACCGGCAACUGCAACUCUGACUGGCCUGGAGCAGCUGGGCCCCCUGGGGAGCAGGAGCCCUGCAGAGAGCCCCAGCUUGCCAGAGCUGCAGUUCCAACCAGAGGAGCCUGAGGAGUCAGAACCAAGCAGAGGCCAAGACCCCCUGACUGACCAGAAGCAGGCUGACUCGGCAGACAAGAGGCCAGCAGAGGGCAAGGCUGGGAGCCCACUCAAGGGCCGACUGGUGACCUCAUGGCGGAUGCCCGGGGACCGGCCCACGCUGUUCAAUCCGUUCCUGCUGUCUCUGGGGGUCCUCAGGUGGCAAAGGCCCGACCUGCUCAACUUCAAGAAGGGAUGGAUGUCAAUCUUGGAUGAGCCUGGAGAGCCUCCCUCCCCCUCGCUCACCGCCGCCUCUACUUCGCAGUGGAAGAAGCAUUGGUUUGUGCUGACAGAUUCAAGCCUUAAAUAUUACAGAGACUCCACUGCUGAGGAGGCAGAUGAGCUGGAUGGUGAGAUCGACCUGCGUUCCUGCACGGAUGUCACUGAGUAUGCGGUGCAGCGCAACUAUGGCUUCCAGAUCCACACCAAGGAUGCUGUCUAUACCUUGUCCGCCAUGACCUCAGGCAUCCGGCGGAACUGGAUUGAGGCCCUGAGGAAGACUGUGCGUCCAACCUCAGCCCCAGAUGUCACCAAGCUUUCGGACUCUAAUAAGGAGAAUGCGCUACACAGCUACAGCACCCAGAAGGGCCCCCUGAAGGCAGGGGAGCAGCGGGCAGGCUCUGAGGUCAUCAGCCGGGGUGGCCCUCGGAAGGCGGACGGGCAGCGGCAAGCCCUGGACUACGUGGAGCUCUCCCCGCUGACCCAGGCCCCCCCGCAGCGGGCCCGCACCCCGGCCCGUGCUCCUGACCGCCUGGCCAAGCAGGAGGAGCUAGAGCGGGACCUGGCCCAGCGCUCUGAGGAGCGGCGCAAGUGGUUCGAGGCCACAGACAGCAGGGCCCCAGAGGUGCCUGCUGGUGAGGGGCCGCGCCGGGGUCUGGGUGCCCCCCUGACUGAGGACCAGCAGAGCCGGCUCAGUGAGGAGAUUGAGAAGAAGUGGCAGGAGCUGGAGAAGCUGCCUCUGCGGGACAAUAAGCGAGUGCCACUCACUGCCCUGCUCAACCAAAGCCGCGGAGAGCGCCGGGGGCCCCAAAGUGACAGCCAUGAGGCACUGGAGAAAGAGGUGCAGGCUCUUCGGGCCCAGCUGGAGGCAUGGCGUCUCCAAGGGGAGGCUCCUCAGAGUGCACCGAGAUCCCAGGAGGACGGCCACAUCCCCCCGGGCUACAUCUCACAGGAGGCAUGUGAGCGCAGCCUGGCAGAGAUGGAGUCCUCGCACCAGCAGGUGAUGGAGGAGCUGCAGCGGCACCACGAGCGGGAGCUGCAGCGGCUACAGCAGGAGAAGGAGUGGCUCCUGGCCGAGGAGACAGCAGCCACAGCCUCAGCCAUUGAAGCCAUGAAGAAGGCCUACCAGGAAGAGCUGAGCCGAGAGCUGAGCAAAACACGGAGUCUCCAGCAGGGCCCAGAUGGCCUCCGGAAGCAGCACCAGUCAGAUGUGGAGGCACUGAAGCGGGAGCUGCAGGUGCUAUCGGAGCAGUACUCACAGAAGUGCUUGGAGAUUGGGGCGCUAACACGGCAGGCUGAGGAGCGUGAGCACACCUUGCGCCGCUGCCAGCAGGAGAGCCAGGAGCUACUGCGCCAUAACCAGGAGCUGCAUGCCCACCUGUCAGAGGAGAUAGACCGGCUGCGCAGCUUCAUCGCCUCGCAGGGGAUGGGCAACGGCUGCGGGCGCAGCAAUGAGCGGAGCUCCUGUGAGCUGGAGAUGCUGCUUCGAGUAAAAGAGAACGAACUCCAGUACCUGAAGAAGGAGGUGCAGUGCCUCCGGGACGAGCUCCAGAUGAUGCAGAAGGACAAGCGCUUCACCUCGGGAAAGUACCAGGACGUCUACGUGGAGCUGAGCCACAUCAAGACGCGGUCGGAACGGGAGAUCGAGCAGCUGAAGGAGCACCUGCGCCUUGCCAUGGCCGCCCUGCAGGAAAAGGAGGCCAUGCGUAACAGCCUGGCUGAGUAGAGGUCCCGCCGAGCUGCAGACCCUCCAGCCUGGAGGAGCAGCCGCCCUCUUCCCUGCUGGAUGGAAGUCCAAAGCCAAGCUUUCUCCCCACCCUCUGUGGGCCACACGUGCACUUGCACCCACCACACACACACAUACACACACACACACAUGUCCACAUGCACACACACACACUCUGCGUAUCUGAGCGCGCCCCUCGCACUGGGUCUUACCUUGCACCUUCUUCAGGAUUUUAUAUGUGAAAAGAUUUUUAUAUAGAUUUUUUUCCUUUUUUUCCAAAAUACUUUAUACUUAAAAAAAAGAAAAAAGCAAUUCCUGGCGGCUGUGUGCCUCCAACCGUGGUCCCCCGCUCUGUCUCCAGCCACCCUCUUCUUGGGCUUCUGGGCUGGUGUCCCUGACCCGGGGUCUGGUGGAGGCCCAGGCAGCAGCGGCCAUGGCAGGCUGUCUCUGCAGGGGAGAGGCGGGAGCGUGCCACCCUCUUCCCACCCUACCUCCUACUAACACUUCCUGCCCCAUACGCCCCAUACCGUGGGGCUCAGGACAGAGGGAGCCAGCAGCUGGCCUCAUGGCCCCACAGCCUCCUCUGAGGCUAUGCCGUGCAAAGGUGUUUCUCUCCUGCUCCCUGAACCUCUUAACUUAAUAAAACGUUCCAGCAGC